GUCAGUCACCAACGAACCUUAGAAUCGAGCAGUCGCCAUGCAAUGCACGCGUCCGUAGAGCGACACACAAAUACAAAAGAAUAAAAAAAUAAAAUAAUCAAAAAAAAAACGACACCAACAAAAAAAGAAAACACACUGACAGCGCAACAACAAAACGAACAGACAGCAAAACCAAUACACUGACACACACACACACAUUAAUACGAACUGAGACUGAGGCUCACAUACACACACCUACACUCACACACACAGCGAAAGAGUCUGAGAAAAGCAGAGAUUUACAAGUGCAAGCAAAAGCAGCAGCAGCAGCAGCGAAAAAGUCUUCUGCGCCCAAAAAUAGAGUGAAACGUGCAUAUAUUUGUUGUUGUUGUUGUAAAGCAGGAUAAAACGGAAACUAACCUACAUUUUCGCGCUCUUUCGCACGCUUUCGCACAAGCCAACCAGCCAGCCAGUCACUACACAAAUACAGAAGCCCCACACACACACAAAUACACUCAAACACACACAUACACGAACAGCAACUGUGACGCCUGAGCUCGUGCUCUCUCGUUCCCGCGCUCGCGCUUCCUUCGCACACACUGAAGCAAAAGCAGAAGCAGUAGCCGAAGCCGAAGCAGAAGCAAAAGCAAAAAAAGAAAUCAACAGUAAAUUGUAAUAACACUUCUCAGCUUAAGGUGUGUGCGUGCACCGUUGUCGUCCAUGUGCUUACUCUUCUGGUUCUUGUUGUUGUAGUCGAGCAUUAUUUGUGUGUGUUAGUGUGUGUGUGCGUGUAUGUGUGUGCGUGCGUGCGUGUAUGUGUGUCAAACAAUGUGCGUGCCAGUGCUUUUUUUCGCCUUUGCCGUUGUCGUUGCCUGCUGCGCCUCCGCGUCCGUUUCCUUUGCCAACAUUGUUGCAUAGAGAGCCGCGAGACGACGCGAUUGCGACUAAAAUAAAAAUGUAAUUAAUGUAAAAUACAUACGCACACACAAACAUACACAUUCACAUGCUCGUACAUAUUAUACUAAGUACACAAAAGCCACAAAACAACUGCUAAACUAAAACAAAAGCAGCGUACAACAACACCAACAACAACAACAACGAGAACAGCAGCGAGAAGAGUAAGAGUAAGAGCAAUAAUAAUAACAAAAGUGUGCCCAGCUGGGGCCAAUUGAAGACGCCGCAGUGAAAGCAAACGCAAAAGUGAAGUGCUAAAGGAAAUUGCAGUAAGCGCAAAAAAGAAAAAAAAAGAAAAAGCGAAUACGAAUACGAAUGCGAAUGCGAAUAUAAAUAGUAACUGGUGCAUUGGGCAAAUUGAAAUGUAAAUACGCCCCAUAUCCCUCCUCCCAAAAACCACCCAAACACAUACACACGCAUGCAGCUGCAUAUAUAUGAGUGUGUAAGUGUGCCUGUGUGUGUAUUUCUACUGUGCGAUUACAUAAAGAAAACAGCAGCAGCUGCAAUUGCAACAAAAUGCAAUUAGCAAUAUUUAAAGUAAUAAGCCACAAAGCACAAAAUGUAAGGCAGCAAUAAUCAACGGAACGCAUCGCAUCGCUAACUGAACGAAAAGCUCACAAAAGCCACUACUUUUUUUUUGUAUUUUUUUUUUAUUUUGAAGCGAGGCGAUGCCAUUAUUGGAAACUGUCAAACUCGUCAGAUUUGCAUAGCUUUAGCUACCACUACACUCACACACACACAUAGGCGAGCAAUCUCACACGUACACAGUCGAAACUAAUCUAUACUUCUACACAUACAACUAUAAUAUAGAGAUAUGCUCCACAUCAUGAAUGAGUCGAACGUGGUGGUGAGCCAAACAACAACAAAAGCAAUAACAACAACAACAGCAGCAGAAGCUACGAUAACUACAAGAAAAGCAACAACAAAUGCAAAAGAGCACUGAGAAAUGUUAACAAAGGCGACAAUAUUAACGCUAAACACGACGACGAUCCCAAUGUACUGUACGUGUGUGUGAAGAGAACAACAACAACAACAACGCUUUAAGCUUUAAGCAGCACCCAACAAAACAGCAAUCGACUGUGUGUGUGUGUGUGAAACAGAGAAUAAAACGAGAGCGUAAGAGUGAGAGAGAGAGGCAGCAAGACAUGCAGCUGCGAUAAGAGAGCAAUAGCAAAACCGCAAACCUCAACCGCAAAAGGCACAAGGAGAUAAACAAGGACAAUCAGUCAAAAUGAGUGAUGAUCAAACGGUAGCCGCACAGAAUGAUGAUAAAGUUGCCAAACAGCAAGUCGUUGCCUACACGCAAAAGUCGCAGGUCAAGCACGAGAAUCGCCACAUUCAGCUGGUGCGGGAGUAUGGCUUCCAUCCGCGGACGAAGGCCUCUGUGGAGGAUGGCGAUGUUCUGCCCCGCAAAUUUGAGCCCUUUCCGGAGCACAUGUACGGCAAACCGCUCGAGGAGAUUGACACCUUCAUAUACGAAGAGACAUUUUGCGUGGUCUCCAAAAGAUUCCGCAAGAACUACAUACAUCGCUUUACCGGCACCAAAAGCCUUUUCCUCUUCCAUCCAUGGAGUCCAUGGCGUCGUGUGUGUGUCUACAUUGCAACGAAUCAAUUCUUCGACUAUUGCGUUAUGGCGACCAUUCUAUUCAACUGUAUUUUCCUAGCCAUGACUGAGACUGUGGAGGAAGCUGAAUAUAUCUUCCUAGCCAUUUACUCAAUUGAAAUGGUAAUCAAAAUCAUUGCCAAAGGCUUUUUGCUCAACAAGUAUACCUAUUUGCGUAAUCCAUGGAAUUGGCUGGACUUUGUGGUCAUCACUAGUGGUUAUGCGACCAUUGGCAUGGAGGUUGGCAAUCUGGCCGGGUUGCGUACGUUUCGUGUUUUACGAGCCCUAAAAACAGUAUCCAUUAUGCCUGGGCUCAAGACGAUCAUCAAUGCAUUGCUACAUUCGUUUCGCCAAUUGGCCGAGGUCAUGACUCUGACCAUCUUCUGCCUAAUGGUCUUUGCCCUCUUCGCCCUGCAAGUCUACAUGGGCGAGUUGCGGAACAAAUGUGUGCGCACUGUGCCCGCGGAUUGGACAAACAUCUCGCACCUGGACUGGCAAAUAUGGGUCAACGAUACGGACAACUGGCUGUACGAUGAGGAAGAAAUGCCCAUGCUGUGUGGCAAUCUGACUGGUGCUCGACACUGCCCCCUUGGCUUCAUGUGCAUCUGUGUGGGCGAGAAUCCCAAUCACGGCUACACGAACUUUGACAACUUCAUGUGGUCCAUGCUGACGACAUUCCAAUUGAUUACACUCGACUACUGGGAGAACGUCUACAAUAUGGUGCUAGCAACAUGUGGUCCAAUGAGUGUCUCAUUUUUUACUGUGGUUGUGUUUUUUGGCUCAUUCUACUUAAUUAAUUUGAUGUUAGCUGUAGUCGCGUUGAGUUACGAGGAGGAGGCGGAAAUCACAAAUGAGGAGCGUAAGAAAGAUCUGUUGGAUCAUCGAGAUGAUUCGACGUUCAGCUUUGAUCCAUCUGUGCUGAGCGUUAAGAAGUUAAAUAAGAACAACAAAAAGAAGAUCGAUUCACGGAAGGGUGUGCUCCUCGCCUCCUACAGCAAAAAGAAGACACGACGAAAAAAGACCAAAGGUGGCAAGGACACUGCCAGCAACAAUGGCAGCAAUGGCAAUGAUCAGGAACGCAAUAAAUCUCAUUCGGCGACGCCCAGUCCAGGACCAAGUCCACGUCACAGCACCAGCGAUCGACCAUCAGCGUUAACGCUGCAGGCGCAAAAGCAAUACCAACAAAUGGAGCAACAACAACAACAGCAUCAGCAGCAGCAACAACAGCAGCAACAACAGCAACUACAGUUGCAGCAGCAACAACAACAACAGCAGCUGGUCAAGAGCGAACAGGUGGCGGCCACAUCGCAGCAAAAGACACGCAUCAGCUUCAGGGAGGGCAAUGUCAAGAAUCCCAAUAUGCUAUAUCCCUCCGACUACAAGGGACAGUUGAUAACGAGCAGUCGCCAGACGAGCUCCAAUUCCAGUGGCGGUGUUAAUCGCGAAUCCUCGCAGGAUGAUUCCGGUGUGGUGGACGAUCAUGAGGAGCAGGACACGGCCACUGAGCUGGGCCAUGUGUCUACCGUGGAAUUGGCACUGUCGCCGCGCGAAGUGCGUCUCAUCAAAUGCAAUGGAAAUAUAGCGCGCAUCAAGAAUCACAAUGUUUAUGCGCUGCAUCAGGAAUUCUCCUCAGAGGUGGUGGUCAUAGAUGAUCUCCCCGAUCGCAAUUGCGAUCGUUGUGUGCACUGUUGCACCGACUACGAGAGCUGGCUGCAGUUCCAAAAUUGCCUCUACAAAGUGGUGCGAGAUCCAUUGUUUGAGCUCGCCAUUACGCUGUGUAUUGUGCUGAACACAGCGUUUCUGGCCAUGGAGCAUCAUGGCAUGAGCGAAAGCUUUCGCAAUGCCCUCGAUGUGGGAAACAAGGUUUUCACGUCCAUUUUCACAUUCGAAUGCAUUGUGAAACUGAUGGCAUUGUCUAAGGAGUUCUUUCUCUGCGGCUGGAAUAUUUUCGAUCUGCUUAUUGUCACAGCCAGUCUUCUCGAUAUCAUCUUCGAACUGGUGGACGGCUUGAGCGUUUUGCGUGGUCUGCGUUUGUUGCGGGUGUUGAAGCUGGCACAGUCUUGGACGACGAUGAAGGUGCUGUUGAGCAUCAUAAUAUCGACAAUUGGUGCGCUCGGCAACCUCACGUUGAUCCUCGUCAUAGUCAUUUACAUAUUCGCUGUGAUUGGCAUGCAAUUGUUCUCCAAAGACUACACACCCGAGAAAUUUGAUCCAGAUCCAGUGCCAAGAUGGAACUUUAAUGACUUCUUUCAUUCGUUCAUGAUGAUCUUUCGCAUUUUGUGCGGUGAAUGGAUCGAGCCUCUGUGGGAUUGCAUGCGUGCCGAAGAAGAGCAAGGAGCUUCAACGUGUUUUGCCAUAUUUCUGCCCACUUUGGUCAUGGGAAACUUUAUGGUUCUCAACUUGUUCUUGGCCUUGUUGCUCAACAGUUUCAAUUCCGAGGAGCUCAAGUCAAAGAAAGAGAUUUUCAAGAAAAAGGAGGUGGGCGAAGAGUCGAAGCUGGCACGUAGCAUUGAACGUGUCCGCGAUCUUAUUCGCAAGAAGCGGCAGGAGCGCAAGGAUCGCAAGGAGCGCAAAUUUGCCGAGAAGUUUCAGCAGAUUGUGCUCGAGGCACAGCAGGCGCAUGCCACCAGCCAAGUGGCAGCCAGGGAAAUCGACAAGCCCGGUCUGCUGGCGGAAACCAAGUUCCAUAGAUUAAGUUAUCAAGAAUCUAUGAACCGUCCAGUUUCUGGCUCGGAUUUUGGCUUUCAAAUUCCGCUCAGCGACGGGCUGCACACGAUAGUCGAUGGCCUGGAAUACGAUGAGCCUGCUCAGCCCACCGCUGAUGGCCAACAGCAAAUGCAAGAGCAGCCGGCUCUGGACAGUCUCCCGCCCACUUACGAGUCAGCCAUGUUGUCCGCCUCGAUCAAUGGCCAUGUCAGCGCUCAAGGUAAUGGCAGCACCAGUGGCUGCGAUCAGAAUUUGACGCCAGUGGCGCUGGCAGAGCGUAGCCGGCUGCAGCAUCAGAUUUCCUCGGGCGUGGGCACCCAGCAGAAUGAUUCUAGGGAUGAGGCCACCUAUACGGAGUCCAUUGAGCUGCGUCUGCUCGGCCAAUAUAACUCAACGGACACAGAUCCGUAUGCCUAUGCGCCCGAUCAACGGAGCGGAUCCUUUGCACGCGGUGACUCGCUGCAGGAUGCGGACGAGGCGUAUCUUAAGUACCAAAAGUCACUGUUAACGCGUUCGCCCAGUUAUCGCAAGUCCCUCGAUCGGUUGUCGCAAUCCAGCGGACAGUCACAACGCUCGCUGUUGCCCUCGCGCAGCCUAAGGUCCGAGGAGAGCGCCAUGCGACGGCACUCGAGUGGACACUCUCUGAACUCCAUAUCGCUGGAGCAAGAUGAGCUGCUGUCGCAGGCGAAUCUGCGCGAGGAGCUGCUCAAUUGUGAUCAAAAGGAAUUGUUUCAGUUUCUGCAGGACGAUGAGGAGCUGUUGGGCAAAAAGAAAUUAACCACGAACAGCAUCAAAUCGAAUCUCAGCUACAUUUCCAAUUCGAUAAUGCAAACACUGGAUUCGCGGCAUAGUGGCAGCCACUCCAGUCACGCCAAUGGACAGCCGGAGAGCGAACCGUUGAUGGAGCACUCGGAAUUUGACAAUAUCAUACAGAGCUUUGAGAAGGAACUAGAGGAGAUUAAACGCUCGACCAGUUCGCUAGAGCGCAAGAUCUCAACGCUUUCGGAACCAUCGCCAGCUGCCGAUGAGGCAACGAAAGCGAUAAUGGAUCACAUAGCAAUCAUAACAGGCGCCUCGGAACGCACCGCGGCCGAUGAAGUGGUGCAUCCAUUGAAUCCCUACGAUAGUUACGAUCUGUCCAGCGUGCCGCGACGCUCGCAAUCCGUUAGCGCUGCCGCCCAGCGGCAGUCCGUAAAGUUGAAGCGACGCAGCCUUGAGAAGCAGCGCAAGAUCGACGAGGACUUUAGCAUAUCGAAUGAAAUACGCAAAAUCUGUGAUCAAAUCCAUGCACCAUUCGCCGCCAUGGAGGCGCUCGCUGUAGCCGCCACCAGUGGCAGCAGCAGCAACAGCAACAAUGUGACCAGUGGCCAAUCGCCAUUUGCACGUCGCAAAAACGAUCCAUUCAGCGUCCAAUUCGAUCGCUUUAAGCGUCUGUCGCUGAUCGAGCGAGUGGAGGAGCUGCCCGAGGAGGAUAAGCCCAUAUCGACGCUGCGCAUCGAGUCGGAGAAGAUGCCGCGAAAGUUUCUCAACAGUGACAAACUGCGCAUGGAUAGUCUGUCGCUAAAGAGCACCAAUUCGUAUGAGAAUCUGCUCAUCCAGAAGCAAAUGUGUCGCGAUGGCGGCAUGGGGCAUGCGAUGGGCGUGCCGGCGACGCCGCCAACGUCCCUCAAAUCGAGCAUUGAGCCACCAACACUGGCGCAAAUUUCAUCGCUAAAGGCAACACCGCCGCUGGCUGCCCUCACGGAGCAUCAGCAGCACUAUCAUGCCACAAGCAUACAAGCCACAAGCAUAGCAACCACAACCACAAUACCAACAACAGCAAUGCACCCAACGGCUGUAGGCGCGACCAGUAGUAAACGUCGCGCCGAGCAUCCACAAUCGACACUAGACAAAGCCGCAUCCUUUCAAUCGGCGCGCACCGAAUCGCACAGUUCGGGCGCAGCGGAUAGUAGCUCGGGAUUGGGCCUCGGUCUGGCACUGGCCAGCAAUCGGUCAAUGUCCAAUGGCCAUCAAGAACAACGACGACGGGCUGGUGAGAAGACUGAAACGACUGAGCAGACCACCACGACCACCACAAAAGCGUCGUCGGCGUUCUCACGACUGACCGAAAAACCAUGGCAUUGUUUGGUUUCCUACGUAGACGAUCUCACUGUCGGUGGGAGACGUAACUCGCAGGGCGCUUACAAUGAUCCCAUGACUUUUCCGAGCUUUGGCCAGGCAAAGCCGCCAAAAGUGCCAGACGAUUGCUUCCCCCAAAAGUGCUACGAUCACUUCUACUUUCGCUGUCCGUGGUUUAUGUCCUGCAUGGACACACCGAGUGCGAAGCACUGGACACGAGUAAGGACGGCAGUCUUGACGGUUGUCGAUACUCCAGCCUUUGAGUGGUUUGUGCUAGUGCUGAUCUUUGCGUCAAGUAUUACGCUCUGCUUCGAAGACAUCUAUCUGGAUAGCAAUAAGACCCUUAAACGCGUGCUCUACUGGACCAACUUCUCCUUCUGCCUCAUCUUUGUUGUCGAAAUGGUGCUCAAAUGGCUUGCGCUAGGCUUCUCCAAGUAUUUUACCAGCUUCUGGACGAUACUUGACUUUAUCAUAGUGUUUGUAUCUGUUUUCUCGUUGCUUAUCGAGGAGAAUGAGAACCUUAAAGUGCUGCGUUCGUUGCGCACACUGCGAGCUUUACGUCCGCUGAGAGCCAUCUCUAGGUGGCAAGGAAUGCGGAUUGUAGUAAAUGCUCUCAUGUAUGCAAUACCAUCAAUUUUCAAUGUACUUUUGGUUUGUUUAGUUUUUUGGUUGAUUUUCUCCAUAAUGGGUGUGCAAUUCUUUGGUGGUAAAUUUUUCAAAUGCGUCAAUGAGUUGGGCGAGUUGCUGCCAAUUACUGAAGUGAACGAUAAAUGGGAUUGCAUAGAGCAGAAUUACACGUGGAUCAACUCAAAGAUUACCUUUGAUCAUGUGGGCAUGGGAUACUUGGCGCUGCUUCAGGUCGCCACCUUUGAAGGCUGGAUGGAGGUGAUGGCUGAUGCCGUGGAUGCUCGGGGAGUGGAUCUGCAGCCACAGAGAGAAGCCAAUUUAUAUGCGUAUAUUUAUUUUGUUAUAUUUAUUGUGUGCGGAUCGUUCUUUACACUCAAUCUAUUCAUUGGAGUUAUCAUUGAUAAUUUCAAUAUGCUCAAAAAGAAGUAUGAAGGAGGAGUGUUGGAAAUGUUUCUCACCGAAUCUCAAAAACAUUAUUACACCGCUAUGAAAAAAUUGGGACGAAAGAAACCACAGAAAGUUAUUAAGCGACCUAUAAAUCAUUUUUUAGCUAUGUUUUAUGAUUUAUCCAAUUCGAGAAGAUUCGAAAUUGCGAUCUUUGUACUGAUUUUUCUCAAUAUGCUUACGAUGGGCAUCGAGCACUACGAUCAGCCUCAUGCCGUAUUCUUUAUCCUGGAAGUAAGCAAUGCCUUUUUCACAACAGUCUUUGGUCUUGAGGCCAUCGUAAAGAUUGUGGGACUGCGUUAUCAUUACUUCACUGUACCGUGGAAUGUGUUUGACUUUUUGCUGGUGUUGGCCUCCAUCUUUGGCAUACUCAUGGAGGACAUUAUGAUCGACUUGCCCAUAAGUCCAACGCUCUUGCGUGUGGUGCGAGUCUUUCGCAUUGGUCGCAUCCUGCGUCUCAUUAAGGCUGCCAAGGGCAUACGGAAAUUGUUGUUUGCCCUCGUUGUCUCGCUGCCAGCGUUGUUCAAUAUUGGCGCUUUGCUCGGACUGAUCACGUUCAUCUAUGCGAUACUGGGCAUGUCGUUGUUUGGCCAUGUCAAGCUGCAGGGCGCACUCGACGAUAUGGUUAACUUUCAGACCUUUGGUCGCAGCAUGCAGCUGUUGUUUCGCCUAAUGACAUCGGCGGGCUGGAAUGAUGUAUUGGAGUCACUAAUGAUACAGCCGCCGGACUGUGAUCCGUUCUUCAAUCGACAAACGAACGGCGACUGCGGUCAUCCACUACUGGCUAUCACCUAUUUUACGAGCUUCAUUAUAAUCAGUUAUAUGAUUGUGAUUAACAUGUACAUUGCCAUCAUCCUGGAAAACUUCAAUCAGGCGCAUCAGGAGGAAGAGAUUGGCAUUGUUGAAGAUGACUUGGAAAUGUUUUACAUACGUUGGUCCAAAUAUGAUCCACAUGCCACCCAAUUUAUACACUUCUCGCAACUGUCCGAUUUUAUUGCCUCACUCGAUCCACCAUUGGGCAUCUCGAAGCCCAAUAAUGUCGCUUUAGUGUCAUUUAAUCUGCCCAUCUCUAAGGGUAAUAAAAUACACUGUCUCGAUAUUUUGCACGCGCUAGUUAAGCACGUGCUAGGUCAUGUCGAGGAGACCGAUAACUUCAAACAGUUGCAGGAACAAAUGGAUGUCAAGUUCAAGAAACAGUUUCCAACGCGCAAAGAAUUGGAAAUUGUUUCGUCGACGCGGAUCUGGAAGCGCCAGGAAAAGGCGGCUAAGACCAUUCAAACCGCUUGGAAGGACUAUUUGCGGCGUAAACGCGAAAAGGAACGGUCCAAUUCAGGUGAUAGCGCCACACAGACCUCCAGUCCCGGUGGCUGGCAAUCGAAGCUCUCUGCGCUUAACUUUUUCCAUCUGCAGGUAAGCCGUCGUGGCACUGCCUGCUCCAGUCGCGCCUCAUCCCGCAAAUCAUCGCGUGCCUCGGAUGCGUCAGAUCUAAGCGAACUCGCUGGACCUUGGCUUAAUCUGCCAUUAAUGCUGGUCUCUGGCGCUGAUGAUGUGGUCAAGGAUAUUAAGCAGCAAAGCGAUGAGCUGGGCAAACGCGGUAGCAUAUUUGUGGAAGCGCCUAGAGCAAGUCGUCGCCGAAGCUUUUAUAAUUUCUUUUUGCGUCAUCAGGAUGCUGUCGAUGACAGUUUAACCUCACCUUCAGUACAUAGAAAAACUGCAAUAAACACCAACAACACCACCUCAACCUCAACAUCCUCCACAUCCGCCUCAGCCUCUGCCUCAGCCUCUGCUGGCGCCACAAUCAACGUUGACCAACAGCAGGCGGCAGUAACUCCAACGCGUAAGCGCGCCUCUAGUUUUAUUCGCAAGAAACCGCCCCUAGAAAGAGGUUUGUCAGCACAAAGCGCUUUAAGAGUUAACAAGAACGCUUUUGUCUCGGAUGGACCAGCACCGGAGGUGAUUGUAACGAAGCCAUCGCCGGAACAGCAAACGCAUCCGCUGGCGCAUGGACAUUCGCUCAGUCUGCGACCCGACAAUGCAACGUUAGUGCAUGUGCUUGUGCAUCGCGAGAGCGAGGAGUACAAGGAGGAGGACGACGAGUGUAGCCAGUCAUCGCACGUCAGUCACAGCACAUCGAACAGCAAUGGCAAUGGCAAUGGGCAUGAGAAGCCGAAGCCACCGCAGAUACGCAUCAGUACCGGUUCCGCAGAAAGCGCCAUGGAUAGCUGUCUAAUGCCCACGGUGCAGAUCAUGGUUGACAGUCCAAAGGAGCCGCCACGAGGUGACUUUAGCAUGGACAGCGGUUUUGCCAAUGCACCGACAACCCCUGUAAUUGAUGUCGAUACGCCGAUCGAUGUCAAUGUGCAGGGCGAUACAUCGCAAGUGUUCUACGAUUACAAUCCCGAGUCCAAUGUUGUGCAUACAACUGACAUGGCUGUUACCAUUGAGGAGGGAGAGCAACAAACACAUGCACCCGUUGCCGAAGUCAGUGCACGCAUUGAGGACCAGCAAAGAUGACCUUCAAUCAAUGCGGGAGAGUCAGAGAGUCAUCAGGAUCAGCAAUCCAAUAGCAAGAGCAACAGCAAUACGAGCACCAUUACCAGCAGCAACAGUUGCAGCAGCACCAGCAGCAGCAGCAGCACCUCAUCAGCUAGCCAGUCAACAGGAGUCGGCGGGCAGCGCCCAAGUUGACAAUCUCCAGUCUGAGAGAAGUUUCCAUUAGCAUUUGGAAGCGCACUUAUAGCCGGGGCAACGCACUUGCCCCUUUGUUAUUAUAGUCGAUUAAUUAUACAAGUAUAUACAUAUGAAACAGACCUACUUACUAGUCGCUUUAUACGAUACUUCAAUGGAACUAUCCAGUGUUUAUAUAUAUCCAUUCAAUGCUGGCUUGGUAACAGUGCGCUGUGCGUCCAGCCAAGUCUAGUUUAGUUUAGCUUAGUUUAAUUUAGCUUAACCUUAGCCUAGUUUAGUUUACAACAAAAAAAUCAAUAUAAACUCUGUGUUAACAAAACGUGCAUUAAACCGUACAGUGCGUACACGUUGUAAUACUCAAAUCAAAUCAAAACAAAAAGCAACAGCAAAUUAAUACACUAACAUUAACAUUAAUAUUAACAUUAACAUUAAUAUAACUAUAAAUAUAAAAUUUAAAAUAUGAGAUAGUAUAAAUAGGGUCUAACUAAUCGGUUGGUAUUUUUGUUUAGUCGUCAAUCAAUCAGUCAGUCAAGUAUAUGUAUAUACAAUUACUCGUAUAUACAUAUAUAUAUAGGCCGAUUUCGAAGAUAUUUUGAAGGUUGUUUUUAAUUAUACAAUAAAAUGCAAUACGAUACAGAAUUACAUAGAAUUAUACAUAAAUGCAUAUUGUAACUAACAAAUUCGUGGCGUAGUCUUAGGCUCGUGUAUUCGUAAUGAUAGAGUUUCUUUUUCUUUAGCGCAAUAUAUAUACUUAUCUCUAUAUAUAUAUAUAUUUUGUACAUAUGCCAAAGGAAGUAUUUUAAUGUAAUGAAAAGCUAAUAAUAUACAUAUAUUUAUUCAUAGCAUUAAAUGAAAACAAAACAUACUAUAUAACAAAUAUGUUAUGUAUAAAUUAGUUAGCAACGAUUGUAUAAAAUAUUUACGAGAGGUUUUCUGUUGAGAUAUUCAAAUUACCAUUACAACUACGACUACAGUCUAGAUUAUAUUAUCCGUACCGAUUGUUCAAGUACAAAAAAUCGAAGUAUUACCAAAUAGUAGAUUUCAAUACUGUCCUUCGUCCCCUUGGUCCCCAUUCUCAUGCUAUUCAACACAAUCUCAAUGUAAACUCAAUCUCAAACUCAAACUAAAGCCAAAACAAGAAGUCAAGUGAUUUAACAUUCCAAAAAGCAAUUUAACUCGAAUCAAGUGCAAUUCGCACAAUAAAUCGUUUAAUAGCUAAGAAGACCCAAUCGGGUUAUAGACUCGUAAUUAUUUGUACUACAAAAACACACUGAAGAUGUUAUCGUACUUAAUGCAGCUACAUCAUCAACGACAACUAUGUACGUAUGUAUGUACCAGAUCUUUAUUAGCCAGUUGAAUGAAAAACCACAGUCCUACCUAAGCAAUGUGCAUUGUGUACCAGUGAGAACUUUUAUUGUUAUUAUUAUUAUUAUACUUAGCAUACAUACAUAUUAAAUUAUACAUUUACUUAUGAUCUUAACACUAUAUCGAAUACUCUUACCAUAGGCAUACAUACUACCAAGUGUUUUUAUUUAGUCUAACUAAAACGUGAAAUCAAAAUUGCAUUAAUGAUCGAUCUUCUAUACAAAGCUUCCACGAACAUACUCGUACAUACUCGUGCAUACAUUUAUAUACAUAAUUAACAAAUUAUAUACAUAUGUACUACUAUAUCUUUACAUAUGUACAUAUACACAUACUUAUACCAACUAUAUUUUUAUCUACAUAUACUUUAGGCCUUGGCCGAGUUUCAAAGAAACUGAUUUGAAAUGUUGUUUUCUAUUAUUAUUAUACAUAUUGUAUAUUCUGUGAGAAUUGAUUGUGUGUGUUUAGGUUAUACUACAUAUGUAUGGGAUGUAUGUAUAUGCAAUCAUAUUAAGUUUCCACAUCGAACACAGGAUACUGGACAAGUCAAAAAAACUGAUAACAUACGACACUCUGCAGCAAUCAGUGCAGCGCACACUUUUACACUUCUACUCGAAAACUCUUUCUAACUUAACAACAGACAAUCAGACAGCGAUUGAUAUAAAAUUGAAAUUAUGGUACCAAUUAAAUCGUUAUCUCCAAUACAAAAAAAAAAAAAACAAAAACAAAUACAAAAUAAAACGUACACACUUGUGAUUUUAACUGCAAUUUUUACACAAGAAAACUUAAGAUCAUAACUUUUAAUUAGAAUUGUUAACAAAUUGCUAAACGGAUAAUAAAUAACAUGUAUCAAAUAACUAAGAGAAUAACAACAUAAAUAAAAACCAAAACCAAAAAUAAAACAGACAGAAACCAAACACUCGUCAAUUAAGUGAUAUUUAUAAUUGGUACAUAGGCGUAAAAAACAAUAAGAAAAAAAGAAAAACAAAACAAAGACAUUUGCAAGGAUUAUUAUACAUACAUUAAAGUAUAUACAUAAUCUUAUAUUACGUACUAAUUGCGUAGAA